AUGGAAACACACCGGCAUUUUUUAGUCAGUGUUAUUUCCUCCUUUGGCCAAGUGAGGAUCAUGUACUACAGCUCUGUAAAAGUUGUGUCGUGGGUGACGAAAGACUUUGAGCACGAAGUGUUGGGUAGGGCCUCCUCAGCUGAGUUGACAUGUCGCGCUGCCAAGCUGAGUGGGCUUUGUAAAUUGACCGUGCUCAUGAUGAGCUACUGGAUAGUCGUAUGUGUCAGUGUGGUUUCUGCACUUUGUUUAACCAUUGUCGCAGGCAGUCAACAAAAUAUGUGGCAGUGCAUUUCUUUGGCUGCAACGCUGUGGCUUCCAGGCUUUGUGUGGACAUACAGGUAUCAUUGCUUCCUUUUGGGAAGAAAAUGUGUUGGUAUUGGUGCUAUCCUGGGGCUUCCCGUUUGCGUGCUCAGCUGGUGUUGCGGUGUGAUUUGGCUCUGGGCGCCAGCUGCAGUGAUGCUUUGGAGUGUACUUUUUCCUUUGGCCCCCUCCUGCAAGCUCAUGUGUUUGCUUCUGCGAGUGAGCGGCUGCCAUUCUUGGGAUCCACCCUAUCCCAUCCAGACUCAGUCCUUCACACUCUACGAGAUCUACGCACGUGAUCUUCAAAUGUGGGGUGACGCUCCACGAGUCCUGUUGGUGAUCGGAAUGCACAUCAGUAGCUUUCCACCUUCAAAUGACACUUGGUCGUUCUUAGACGUGACUGUCAUCUCAAGUUCUUUGCUGUCCCUUGUGUUCUCACUGGUCCCUUUUCGAAGAAGAUUGAGAAGGGAGACCUGGCAGUAUUUUGAUGAGACCAUCAUGGAACUGGUGUCAGACUAA